ACCAGUUGGAUACCUAUCUGGCUUGGAUACUUUGCACGGGGCUAUGAAGUGUUGCAUUGUUUCCUUUAUUGCCUCCAGGUGAGGACAGACAGGACGUUGUACACAACGGCGGUAUCCUCGCCUCACCGUGAGCUCGAACCACAACACUGAUGAUAAAUGCGGCUCAGGCGAAACAAAAAGUCACCGCUCUUCUGUCCGUCAACUAUUGAUCUGCCUUAGGGCGGCGAGAUGAUCACGCUAAUCAACAAAUGUGGUAGCUUUAGUAAACAAACAGAUUCAGCUGUGUACCUGUUGUGGAAGUUCGUCAGCUUCAGCUUGGGGCCAAAAAAAGAGUUUGCGUGGUAGCGAUGCAUGAAGCUGAGCUGCUUCUCCAUUUCUUCCUUCCGAACUUCAAGACAAGAUGCCUCCCAUCAGAUGCCAAGACAUUACCCCACCAAAUGAACCACCCCCCUGUCGAGGUCGAGCUUGCCCCGCCACGAAGCCAGUGACGUUGCGGGCUGGCAGGCCAGACCCAGCGACGUCCACACCCGACGGUGGGUUUCCAGCUGUUUCCAAAGCCCCUUGGGACGCGACAACUUGGACCAAUCUUGACCACCACUUGCACAGCUUGCCUUCUUUUCUAUCUCUCUUCUUGAACGACCGUAAUUCCGCAAUCUCUCCAGAAUUCCCGCCGCUACCUACACUCAGUAGACAACCGCCAAGAUGUCGACCGCAGUCAUCAACGCCGACGACGAUGCUAUGGAGCCCACGCUCCAGUCCAUCCUCGACCAACGCAGCCUCAGAUGGAUCUUCGUAGGUGGAAAGGGUGGUGUGGGCAAGACGACAACCUCGUGCAGUCUUGCCAUCCAGCUGGCCAAGGUCAGGCGCUCUGUGCUUCUCAUCUCGACCGAUCCCGCCCACAACCUGAGCGAUGCUUUCAGCCAAAAGUUCGGCAAGGACGCCCGCAAGGUAGAUGGUUUCGAGAAUCUCUUCGCCAUGGAGAUUGAUCCAAAUGGAAGCAUGCAAGACUUGCUUGCUGGACAGGCUGAGGGUGAGGGCGCUGAAGCUUUGGGGGGUAUGGGGGGUAUGAUGCAGGACCUUGCCCUCUCGAUUCCCGGUAUCGAUGAAGCCAUGUCCUUUGCCGAAGUCCUGAAGCAGGUCAAGUCACUCUCCUACGAGACCAUCAUCUUCGACACCGCCCCAACCGGCCACACACUCCGUUUCCUCCAGUUCCCUUCUGUUCUGGAGAAGGCCCUGAAGAAAAUCUCGCAGCUCUCUAGUCAGUUUGGAGGAGUCCUGAACGGACUUCUGGGCGCCAACGGUGCCCUUCCCAACGGUCAAAACCUCGGUGAGAUGAUGGAAAAGCUCGAAGCCCUUCGCGCCACCAUUUCAGAAGUCAACCAACAAUUCAAGGACGAGCGCCUCACCACCUUCGUCUGCGUCUGCAUUCCAGAGUUCUUGUCACUCUACGAGACGGAGCGUAUGAUUCAAGAACUGGCGAGCUACCAGAUUGAUACCCACUGUAUUGUGGUCAAUCAACUUCUGUUCCCGAAGCCCGGUUCUGAUUGCGAGCAAUGUACGGCCAGACGGCGCAUGCAAAAGAAGUAUCUCGAUCAGAUUGAGGAGCUUUACGACGAGUUCAACGUGGUAAAAAUGCCACUUCUGGUGGAGGAGGUUCGAGGAAAGGAGAAGCUGGAGAAGUUCAGUGAGAUGCUGGUCAAGCCUUUUGUUCCCCCGUCAUAGGUUACAGGCGGAUACCAAGCAUGCUCAAACAUUGAUUAGUAUUCUAAAGAACGAGAGAGGAAGAGGGUUAUCACUGCUUUGAUGGGUCUCACCAAGGAUACCCUGAUUGUACAUCAGCAACGCGGGAUGGUCCCUGGCAGCGGCAGAUAUUGAAGAGUCGGACUGGCCAGUGGCCGUACUGGCAGACAGUGGACGUAGAACUCCCAUUUCAAUGCGGGGGGUUAAUCUGGCUGGAAAUCGCCGAGGACUGGCUUGCACAGUUCGAGGCGGGUGUUUUAGAUUUAAGCUUUCGGAAAGUCGUAGCGAUAGGUGCAGCUGGUCUUUCUGACGCAGGUCGGCAAUAUUUGUGGCGACUGUACAGAUCAGGUCUUCCAAGGGCUUGGAAGGUGAGAAGAUGGCCACGGUAUAAAUUGAAGCCUCCACCACCAAAGGAAAGGAUUAGAACUGUUUUACCUUCUUGAAACGGGCAGCUUUUUUAUUUAAUCUGCUGUAUUGGGAUGCUGAGGGUAGCGAAGAAUUAGAGCAUAUAGCGAGCGAAAAUAUGUGGUUUGCUUUCC